GAUAAUUCACAAUUCACAUUAACAAUAAAGUAUAAACAUUACAUUACAAUUUUCCGUGUCAUUUUUAUUAUUUUAUUAGGUAUUAAUUUUGAUUUCGUGUGUUCAUACUUGUAUGUAUCUACUUAAAUAAGACAUUUGUACUCCUUACAAAUCUUUCAGCAUCAUGGCUGUUGGUACCGGACAUCUUUUAUUAAAAUUUCGAGAAUUGUUGAAGAUGAAAUAUUUAGGUGAACUAUUAAAUGGUUACAUUGUAUUAUCGGAAGAUGCACAUCAAAAUGAGUAUAUUGCUGCAAGUGAUGGACGUAGAGCUUUUAUUACAGGAUUUAAUGGUUCUGCUGGUUUGGCUCUUAUUACUCAAAAUGAAGCAUUACUAUGGACAGAUGGUCGUUAUUUUUUACAAGCUAAUCAGCAGUUAGACAAUAAUUGGACUCUUAUGAAAAUGGGUUUACCAGACACACCAACAAUAUCAGAAUGGCUAUCAAAAAACAUGAAACCUGGUUCAAGAAUUGGAGUUGAUGCCAAUCUGAUAACUUACAGCGAGUGGCGAAGAAUUAAUAAAGAAAUAAAGUAUAAAGGAAUAAGUUUAGUACCAUUAGAAACCAACCUAAUUGAUCUCAUGUGGUCAAAUCGUCCAGCAGUUCCAUGUAAUCCAGUUAAACCGUUGAACGUCAAAUAUUCUGGUAAAAUAUGCGGAGAGAAAGUGGAAGAAGUUCGGCAAAAAAUGACUGAAAAAAAUGCUUCUAUUUUGUUAGUCACUGCUUUAGAUGAGAUAGCGUGGCUGCUCAAUUUGAGAGGGUCUGAUAUUUCUUACAAUCCAGUUUUCUAUUCAUAUGUGGUUUUAACACAUACUGAUGUUCAUCUGUUCAUCGAAGAAAAAAAACUUGAAAAAUCAGUAUUGGAACAUUUCAAAAAUGAAAACUUAUCUGUUAAUAUCCAUCCAUAUGAAACAAUACAUACUUUUUUCAAUGAUAUAUUGGCAUCAGAUAGUAGUAAAACUGGUAAAGUUUGGGUUUCGGAUAAAUCCAGUUAUAAUUUAGUCACUACUGUUUCAAAAUCAAAUCGUAUAUCUAAACCAACACCAAUUCCUCUUAUGAAAGCUAUCAAAAAUCCAGUUGAAAUUAAAGGUCUUAUUAAUGCUCAUAUUAAAGAUGGUGCUGCUUUGUGUUCAUAUUUUUCUUGGCUAGAGGAAAAUAUAUCUCAAGGAAAUUUGACUGAAAUAUCUGCAGCAGAAAAAUUAUUAUCAUUCAGGAGUUUGCAAGAUGAUUUUGUAGGAUUGAGCUUUGAAACUAUAUCGUCUUCUGGCCCAAAUGCAGGAAUUAUUCAUUAUUCUCCAACACCAGAAACUGACAGGGCAUUAAGUCUUAAUGAAAUGUAUUUGUGUGACUCUGGUGGUCAAUUUUUAGAUGGCACAACUGAUGUUACCAGAACAUUACAUUUUGGAACACCAACUGAUUAUCAAAGAGAAUGUUUUACUAGAGUUUUUAAGGGCCAAGCAAAUUUGGCAAUGAGCAAAUUUCCACAUAAGAUUUUAGGUAACUGUUUAGAUUCAUUUGCUCGUAGAUUUCUGUGGGAAGUUGGAUUAGAUUAUAUGCAUGGUACGGGACAUGGGAUUGGUGCUUAUUUAAAUGUUCAUGAAGGCCCAAUGGGAAUUUCUUGGAGAGAGAUACCUAAUGAUCCAGGAUUACAACCAGGAAUGUUCUUGUCCAAUGAACCUGGAUAUUAUGAAGACGGAAAGUUUGGUAUUCGUAUUGAAGAUAUAGUACUUGUGAAAGACUCAACAACCACGUUUAAAAUGCCACAGAAACCAUUUUUGGAGUUUGAAACUGUAACAAUGUGUCCCAUUCAAACUAAAAUGUUGGUUAUUGAUAUACUCACCGAUAAAGAAAUUGCUUAUUUAAAUGAUUAUCACAAGAAAUGUUUGGAGACAUUAACACCACUACUACAAAAAGUUGGCGAUGAAAGAGCUAUAAGGUGGCUAAAAAAAGAGACUGAACCAAUAAAACGUUAAUUAUUAAAAUUUCUUGUUUUUAAUUGUAUUUGUUCAGUUAGUAUUAUUUUAAUGAUUUCAUAAAUUAUGUUAUAUUUAAUACUUCUUUUGCUGCUUUGAAAUAAAAAAAUACAAACUAUUUA